GCAAAUCUUACAGACUGUACAGUGCAGGAUAAUGAUCAGCUAACUCAUCUCUGCAGAGACAGAAAGCAAAUCAACACACUCGGCUUUCGCGAAUUCCCCUCUUAAGGAUUGAUGGGUUUUUCGACAGGAUCCAUCACCACUCACAAUAUCACCAUCGGUGCUUUCCAUGGCCCCCAGUGGCCCGAUGUUGCCCCAAGGAGCACCUACAUGGCUGUGGCCGCUCUCAUGGGCAACGUGGUCAUCUUGGCCACCUUCAUGAACGGAAUGGUCAUCCUGGUGACCAUCAAGUACAAGAGGCUUCGCUCGCCACUCAACUAUAUCCUGGUGAAUCUGGCUGUUGCUGACCUGAUGGUCACUUUCUUUGGCAGCACCAUCAGCUUCUCUAACAAUGUUAACGGCUACUUCAUGCUGGGUGAAUCGGUAUGUCAGUUCGAAGGUUUCAUGGUGUCUCUGACAGGCAUUGUUGGAUUGUGGUCCCUGGCGAUCUUGGCCUUCGAGCGGUACAUCGUCAUUUGCAAACCGAUGGGCGAUUUUCGCUUCCAGCAAAGGCACGCACUGGGGGGCUGCCUCUUCACCUGGAUCUGGUCAUUCACUUGGACUGUGCCACCUCUCUUUGGCUGGUGUAGCUACGUACCUGAGGGAUUGCAAACAUCUUGUGGACCAAACUGGUACACGGGAGGAGCCAACAACAAUAGUUACGUGGUGGUACUCUUUCUCACCUGCUUCAUGAUGCCCCUGAGCCUGAUCAUCUUUUCCUAUGUCAGUUUGCUGGUGGUUCUUCGAGCUGUUGCUCAGCAACAGAAAGAGUGUCAGACAACGCAGCGAGCAGAACGAGAGGUGACCCGCAUGGUGGUUGCGAUGGUAAUGGCUUUUCUGAUCUGCUGGCUCCCUUAUGCUACCUUUGCUAUGGUUGUUGCUGUGAAUAAGGACAUUGUGAUUCACCCCACCUUGGCAUCCAUGCCCUCCUAUUUCUCAAAGACUGCCACUGUCUACAAUCCCAUUAUUUAUGUCUUCAUGAACAAACAGUUCCGGAAUUGCGUGUUGACCACUCUGUGCUGUGGGCGUAAGCAGUUCUCUGGAGAUGAAGACACUUCCUCCAGCUCUACCAGCAGGAGUCGCACCGAGGUCACCAACGUUCCCGAGGCAGGAGGCGGCAACAGAGUCUCUCCGGCCUGA